ACGUUGCUCAGCGGAAGUGUCUCCAGCGCGCGCGGCCCUACUUUUCCCUCCUCGCGACAACACACAGGCAGCAGCUGCUGAACAAGCGGAACCGGGAGGAGAGCAGUCGCCAAACCCGAGAAACUUCACCGCGAUUCGGCUGCAGGACUUUAGGGUUUUGUCAGCGUGCGGCGUCAACCUUUUAGAUCGUAGUUUUUUGCUCGCUUUUUUCGUGACACAGACGGAAAUAGAAAAAAAUAGUGUAUAAGAUUGAGUUGUGUGCGCGGUAAUCGUGUGUUAGCUGUUAGCGUUAGCAUUAGCAUUAGCUUAGCCGAGCAGGACCACACCGGGGGACGGAAUGGAGCUCAUAACAAUCCUCGAAAAAACCGUGUCUCCAGAUCGGAAUGAACUGGAGGCAGCACAGAAGUUUUUGGAGCAAGCAGCCAUUGAGAACUUGCCUACAUUCCUGGUUGAGCUGUCGAAGGUGCUGGCAAACCCAGGAAACACACAGGUAGCCCGAGUUGCUGCUGGCCUUCAGGUGAAGAACUCUCUCACGUCUAAGGACCCGGACGUGAAAGCGCAGUAUCAGCAAAGAUGGCUGGCCAUCGACGCCAACGCUCGCCGAGAGAUCAAGAAUUAUGUUCUUCAGACUUUGGGUACAGAAACCUACAGGCCAAGUUCUGCCUCUCAGUGUGUAGCUGGUAUAGCAUGCGCUGAGAUUCCGGUCAGUCAGUGGCCGGAGCUCAUUCCCCAGCUGGUGGCCAAUGUCACUGAUCCCAACAGCACAGAACACAUGAAGGAAUCCACCCUGGAGGCAAUCGGAUACAUCUGUCAGGACAUCGACCCAGAGCAGCUCCAGGAAAGUGCUAAUCAGAUCCUGACGGCCAUAAUCCAGGGCAUGAGGAAGGAGGAGCCGAGCAACAACGUCAAAUUAGCCGCCACCAACGCUUUGCUAAACUCUCUGGAGUUUACUAAAGCCAACUUUGACAAGGAGACGGAAAGACACUUCAUCAUGCAGGUCGUCUGUGAAGCCACACAGUGUCCAGACACCAGGGUGAGAGUGGCUGCAUUACAGAAUCUGGUGAAGAUCAUGUCCUUGUAUUAUCAGUACAUGGAGACGUACAUGGGACCUGCGCUAUUUGCAAUCACAAUUGAAGCCAUGAAAAGUGACAUUGAUGAAGUUGCUCUGCAAGGGAUUGAGUUCUGGUCCAACGUGUGUGAUGAGGAGAUGGACUUGGCCAUCGAAGCCACAGAGGCAGCGGAGCAGGGCCGGCCACCAGAGCACACCAGCAAGUUCUAUGCUAAAGGAGCUCUGCAGUACCUGGUGCCCAUUCUCACACAGACCCUCACUAAGCAGGAUGAGAACGAUGAUGACGAUGACUGGAACCCGUGUAAAGCAGCAGGCGUGUGUCUCAUGCUGCUGGCCACAUGCUGUGAGGAUGACGUCGUACCUCACGUCCUCCCCUUCAUCAAGGAGCACAUAAAACACCCGGACUGGCGCUACAGGGACGCUUCCGUCAUGGCUUUUGGCUCAAUUUUGGAAGGACCUGAACUUAACCAGCUCAAACCGCUCGUCAUCCAGGCCAUGCCCACCCUGAUUGAGCUGAUGAAAGACCCCAGUGUGGUGGUGAGAGACACUACGGCAUGGACGGUGGGAAGAAUCUGUGAUCUGCUGCCUGAAGCUGCCAUUAACGAGCUGUACCUAAAUCCUCUGCUGCAGUGCCUCAUUGAGGGGUUGGGGGCAGAGCCUCGUGUCGCGUCCAACGUCUGCUGGGCUUUCUCCAGUUUGGCUGAAGCCGCGUAUGAAGCCACCGAUGCUGCCGAAGAUCAGGAGGAACCAAGCACCUACUGCCUGUCCUCCUCAUUCGAACUCAUUGUACAGAAACUUCUGGAAACUACAGACAGACCGGACGGACACCAGAACAACCUGCGCAGUGCAGCUUAUGAGGCUCUGAUGGAGAUAGUGAAGAACAGCGCUAAGGACUGUUACCCUGCGGUGCAGAAAACCACACUGGUCAUCAUGGAGCGCCUGCAGCAGGUUCUGCAGAUGGAGUCUCAUAUCCAGAGCACAUCAGACCGAAUCCAGUUUAAUGACCUCCAGUCUCUACUCUGUGCCACACUGCAGAACGUUCUGCGGAAGGUGCAGCACCAGGAUGCUUUGCAGAUCUCUGAUGUGGUCAUGGCUUCUCUCCUGCGCAUGUUCCAAAGCACCGCUGGGUCUGGAGGGGUUCAGGAGGAUGCUCUCAUGGCUGUUAGCACGCUUGUAGAGGUUUUGGGCAGUGACUUCCUAAAAUACAUGGAUGCCUUCAAACCAUUCCUGGUUAUUGGACUGAAGAACUAUCAGGAGUAUCAGGUGUGUCUGGCUGCUGUGGGUUUGGUGUGUGACCUGUGUCGUGCUCUGAUGGCCAACGUUCUGCCUUACUGUGAUGAAAUCAUGCAACUGCUGUUGGAGAACCUGGGUAACGAGAACGUGCACCGGUCCGUGAAGCCGCAGAUCCUCUCUGUGUUUGGUGACAUCGCUCUGGCCAUCGGUGGGGAGUUUAAGAAAUAUCUUGAAGUGGUGUUGGACACACUGCAGCAAGCGUCUCAAGCACAAGUGGACAAGACGGACUACGACAUGGUGGAUUAUUUGAACGAGCUGCGUGAAGGCUGUCUGGAGGCUUACACAGGAAUCAUUCAGGGCCUGAAAGGAGACCAGGAGAAUGUUCACCCGGAUGUGAUGCUGGUGCAGCCGCGUGUGGAGUUCAUUCUGUCCUUCAUCCACCACAUUGCUGAAGAUGAGGAUCACUCUGACGGAGUGGUAGCCAAUGCCGUUGGUCUCAUUGGUGACCUGUGUACAACAUUUGGUAAGGAUGUGAUGAAGCUGGUGGAGGUUCGUCCUCAGAUUAACGACUUGCUCACAGAGGGACGACGAUCCAAAACCACCAAAACAAAAACUCUCGCCACGUGGGCCACCAAGGAGCUCCGCAAGCUCAAGAGUCAGGCCUGAUCCAUCAUCGCUGAGGGGAACAUGAACACACCGUGAGAAGCGGCCGAGUGGAGUUGUGUGUUUUUGGCACGCGCGAAUGGAGCAGAAGUGUGUGUGUGCGCUGAGCUGAGUGUCUGAGAGUGAGUGAGCGAGCGAGUGAACGAGUGAGCGUGACGAAUGAGAUCACACCACCUUCUGAGUGAAGAUUCCAGCAGUCGAAAAAGGAUGAAGGCUGAUCAAUAAAUAAAAACAGCAGCCCUCCCUCUCCCCCUCCCCUCUAUAUCCCUCCAUCCUGAUACUCCUCCCUGUUUUAACACCCUGAGCUUUUUCUCUCCUCCACCUGUGGACUCGGUUAUGGACAAACAUGAACAGGAUUAGCUUUCUAGCUCCUCUGUAGGCUCUUACUAUAAACCGUGAGUAAUGUCAGAGGGAGGGGGUGGAGCUACCCCCAAAAAUGGACUACUUCAAUCAUUCAGAGGAUCUGUGAAGCCCCUAAAUCUCCCCCCCCCCCCCCUUAUUAUUGCUCUUUCACAUAUAAGCACUAUGAGUUUCAGACUUGAGGACAUGGGAGUGGACCGAACAUCACAAAACAAACAUGGCUGCUGGAGUCAAAGAUGGCCGACUGUGUGCACGAAUGAGGGGGUUUUGCUGUCUCUUCCCUUCCCCCUUCUCACCAUGGCCCUGCCCCUUUAUGUUCUUUCAGCUAAUGAGAAAUAAACAUAGCUCUUAACGCCGUAUUUCUGCGUAUAAUUACAGGAGGGAGACGAUUGCCCCACCCCCCACCCCCACCAGUUAAAAAAAAAAAAAAAAAAAAAAAACUCUGCUCGUGUCUCAUUAGUGUUCAAUUGUUUUGUUUUUUUUAUUAAAUUUUUUGUCUACUUUUUCUUACUUCUCUCCUUUCUCCCCCCCACCCCAUCAUCGUGGGCUGAGCUGCACACUUUUCUCUUCAGUCUGCUUGGCUGAGAGGUUUAUCGCUUGUUUUGAACACUUGUGGGACGUACUCGAAGGGAUCGGCGGCUCGAAGCGAAAGCACCUAAUUCACACUUUUAAAGUCUCUUGUCGGGGAGAAAAAUAACUGCAGUUGCAAAGUGCCAAAAAAUAAAGUGUAACAAAAUCAGUGAAAUGAAAAGGUUUCAAAUUUCUUGGGGUUUUUAGGCAUCAACGAGUAAAACGUUAAGUGCUUUCACCUGCGACGUCGAGUCAGAUUGAGCUCUAGGACUCGGCGCUUGUGUUUUUGGCCCCGGAUUAGAUUUUCUGCUGCACUUAGUUUGGGAAAGGGAGACUUCCGAGCUUGUUUAAAAAUCUGAAUAAAUAAAUGAGAGAAAUCAGAUGUUUGUAUAAGGUUAUAUUUUUCCAUUGCUCUGAAAGAACCCACAAUAAAAUGAUAUUAAACAUUCCCCUUA